AUGGUGGCAACAAUUUCUGUUUCUUCUCCAAAUUCCACACUUUUGAAGAGCCCCAUCUACUUGAAAGACUCGAGUUCAAAUUUUGUUGGUAGUUCCUUAAAGGGUCUCUCCUUGAAUCUCAAGCCAAGACAACAAAGAAGAGAUUCAAUCAAUUUUGUUGUUGCUUCUUCAUCCACAACCUCUUCUGCAACAACAAGCAAUUCUAAUGGAAGAUUUUACUUCAACAUCACUGGUUUUCCUUUUCCACUUGGUCCUUUCCUCAAUAGGCUCACUAUUAGAACUGAGGCUGUGAAGGGUAGUAUAUGGCUAUUUGAACAAGAGCAGGCCUUAGGGUUCAGCAGUGUUUCAACAAACAUUAGAAUGACAGUUAUCAAGCUCAAAUCUGGUGGACUAUGGGUUCAUGCACCUAUUGCUCCCACUGAUGAGUGUGUUCAGCUAAUAAAGGAAUUGGGGGCUCCGGUCGAAUACAUUGUCCUCCCUACUUUCGCUUACGAGCACAAAAUAUUCGUCGGUCCGUUUUCAAGAAAAUUUCCACGCGCUCAGGUAUGGGUGGCACCAAGGCAAUGGAGUUGGCCGUUGAACUUACCUUUAGAAUUCUUCGGCAUUUUUCGCGCUAAAACUUUGAAAGACGGGGAUUUGUCCACUCCUUGGGCUAGUGACAUAGAGCAAAAGGUUCUAAGUUCACCCGAAGUUGGAAUUGGGCCAUAUGUGGAAGUAGCUUUCUACCACAAACCUUCAAGGACACUGUUAGUUACAGAUGCUGUUAUUUUUGUAUCAAGACAGCCACCUGAGUGUAUUAACAAAGAGUCCCUCUUAGCAUCUGCGAAAAACGGUUUGGCUGUAAAGAUUCUUAGUAAAGGAAAGCAAGUGCCCGACGAACCCGUAGUCGACAACAAAAGAAACCUACAAAAAGGAUGGGAAAGAAUGGUUCUACAAAUCUUGUUUCUUGGUCCGUCUAAUCUGUUAGAACCUAAUGCUAGCUUUGAACAGAUGUCGGAGAAGUUGAUUGUUUCACCUAUUGUCAAGACUCUUGUCUUCAGUAAAGUUCCAGAAAAGGUAAGAGACUGGGUCUAUAGCAUUUCGCGAGAUUGGAAAUUUAGAAGAAUCAUCCCAGCUCACUUUGCCGCACCAAUAAACGCAAGUAGGUCUGAUUUCCGCGCCGCAUUUGGAUUUCUAGACGAGUUUUUGGACGACCGGUACGAUACUUGGCCUUCACUUUCCCUUCUGUUCUCAUCAAUCAAAGGAAAAGCAGCAAGCUAUUUUCCUCCUGAUGAUAUGAGGACUCUAUCAUCACUAGACCAGUUUUUGGUCUCAGUUGGAGCUGUCAAGAAAACUGUUUCAGGAAGAAAGAGAUAA